GAGAGAGAGUGAGUUUGUGUACGGGUUAGUUACGCGCCGGUGCUCAGAGAGAGGGGAGGUGUUUCUCCCGCUCCCGGCAGACCUGUGAGGGGAGACCCUUCUUAACACAUCGCGGUCAUUCGAAAUAUACAACAUCCCGUUACGUGCUAUUUCUGGUGCUGAAAGUGUAACAGUAAGACUCUGAAAUACAAGAAUCCAAAGUCUGAUUAUUGCAGUUGGAUGUCCUACAUUAUUGGAAAAGGUAGGUGUGCAGGCGUCUUACGAGCCAGAUCCACACCUGGACUUCGUCUCUCUCUCUCUCUCUCUCUCUCUCUCCCUUUGGCUGAAGGGAACAUGGGAUGAAGGUCUGUGAGUAGCAGUUUUCUUGCUGAAAAAUGGGUUCGUUCGAGAAGGGCUGCUGUCCCGGGAAUGGUUGUUCGUACGAUAGCUGUGGAGUUUUCUCCCUUGUCAUAAGGUUCGUGUUAUAUAAAAGUUCCCUCAUACCACAUUCACGACUUUCACAAUUGGGCACCAGCAUGAGGACUCCUCGAUGAGAAAUAUCUUAGAAGAGACAUUGGGGUUGGGCGUGAGGCCGUGAUCACUAUGGAGGACCCCCGACGGAUCUCCAGAGUGGGCCUCCUGAACCCCCCAAACGGCGGCGGGCCCCACUCUCUGGAUGCUUCUCUUCUCCUCCGCCACUACCCCCCGGAGCCAGUGCCCAAGAGAAACUCCGGAGGAUUCGACAACGUCGGAUUCGACCUAGAAUCAUUAGGGGAAGCGGGUCCGGGCAGUCGCCGGCCAUUGGUGAGCGUGCAUGUGAGGACCCUUCCCCCGGAGGAGCACGUUCUCUCCUCUCUGAGUCGACAGCCCAAAUCUCUCCCACCCACGCCCAUCCUCGCCGCGCACGCUCGUCGAACUAGUUUCCCGUUGCUGGAAGAGAAAUUUGGCGCUUCGCCCUGGAGGCACCAUAUAGGAAGUGUGAGAGUGGUCAAGGUACAUGAUGAUGACGAUGAUGAUGAUGAUGAUGGUGACGGCGACGGUAAGGCUGAUGGUGGUUUAUCCGAUCCCUCCAGUAGCGGCGAGGAGGAAAAAAGCGCGCCGUCAGUGGAAACGACGAAACAAAUCGAAAACGAAUCGACAGAAACGAUCCACAACGAGAGAGAAUCGGAAAGGGAAGACGAUGGUCAAGAUGUUGAUCAUGCUGAUAGAAUGAGAGCUAAUAGUGAAUCGGUGAUUGUGAGUAGUAGUGAUCCUGCCGAGAUCAGUCACGAUGGUGAAGAUGGCGCGAUGGAAUCGGACGAGAUGACAGUGGGUAAUGGUGCCUCGCCCUACGGCACCUCACAGAAAACGCGGCCGCCACAGAAAACGGUGUCUGGGUGGGAGGUCUGCGCGUCUGCGGUCACUGGUACAAACGCCAGUAUGCGAGAAACCAUGGUGGAGGCCGGAGGAGCCGCGCGGCCCUCUGCAGCCAACAGUGUCUCUGUCGCGGCACAUUCAAGGAUGCCAUCCAGUGCCAGAGUGUCUCGAGUGCCCUUGCUGAGUGGCGUCUCCGUCGCCAGUAGUGUGUCAAGUGUCGUAUUAUGUGGGACGUCCACUGUUUCAGCGGCUCCCACUGUGAGUGCACUCACCAAAGUGUCCAGUGUUAGGAUUGUACCUACGCCUACAACAACGCCCACGCCCAGUAUCAGUGGUUAUGAUACAACCUCGAACCUACAACAACAAGCCAAACCAAUUCAUCUAGGCCCUUCGGCAGGUCCCAGACCCUCGCCCAGACCACCUAAACCGAACCCCGUCAGACCCACCAGCAGCGGUAGGUGCGAAUCUUCUGCUCAUCAGCUGCCGCAGGUGGUGAUCGAAGAGCCACCACCACCACCACCGCAGCAGCAGCAGCAGCAUCAAGCCCCACGGUCGCAUCACCACCAGCAGCAGCAGCCUUCACAGCCCCAACACAAUCACAUACACCACCACCACCACCAACAGACUCCAGCCCCAACGCACCAACAUCACAAUCACAAUCAUAAUCAUAAUAACCACUCAGGGGCUCCCGGGUCUCACCACCUGCAGCAGCAGCCCCUGAGUCUGCAGGGGCUGCAGGAGACUGUGCAGCAGCAGUAUGGUCAGGGGCAACAGCCGCUCUUGCAGCAGCAACAGCAGCAUCAGGGAGCCCCUGAGAGCCAGCAGCAGCAGUUGCAGCAGCAGGAGCAUCAGCACCACCUCCUGCUGCAGGAGGCGAGGCGCGAGGAGCGAGAGCGCCGUCGCGAACGCCGUCGGGAGCGACGGGAGCGACGCGCCCAUCGAUCAGGGGCUGCUCCUGCCCAGGGGAAUCAGACCGAGGUGGGAGAUGCCCCCGUGCCCCUGCCCACCGUUGCCCAUGAUGCCCAGCUGCCGGACCUGUUGCACUCGCAUGUUCCACCUCCGUAUUCGACGCUGCCCUCGGCGGUGCGACCUUUGGGGGGCAUGUUAGGGCCUCCGCCCCCUCCAGGGCCCGCUGGACCGCCGCCCCCUCCACCCCCUAUGCCUCUUCAUGUUCCUCCACCGCCUCCCCCGGGCCCCAUUUGGCACCUGGGCACUUCCCACCUCCGGCUCCUGUGCCAGGGUCGCCCUUGAGACCUCCACCUGACAGCCCUUGGCCCUUUGGAUCUAGAAGGUCUCGGGGUUCUCCUCGCGGUCCUCCUUACUUGGGCGAGGAAGAAGCCAAAUCAUGUUGUGGGUUGAUGGUGACCCAAGCCGUCAGCAUCCGCUGGUUCAUCAUCAUGAUUGCUUUCGUGGGGCUCUGUUGCACCGU